UAUUCACUCAUUGAUCGCUAGUUUAUUACUCUUCGUAAUAAUUUUCUAAGUAAUAAAACCAAUAAUAAUAACAGCAAUAAUAACCGAAAUAACAAUGUUUGAAUUAUUUCAAUUGUUGACCGAUUAAACGAGAUAAUUAUUUUCGGAAAAUUUAAGAUAUUCGAAUUACCGUGCUAAACCUGCUUAUUACCAGACGUAAAAUUUGGCCUCGAUUAUCUUUUCGAACACUUUUAUUAAUAUUUUACGAUACCGCUAUAAAUGAGCAUCGAGCUCGCUGCAUUGUUUUCCGCUCGAAGCUCUCCAAUAUCAAGCGCGUCAUUUGAUUUUCCAAACGUUGAAAUAGAGAAAGCUAAAGUCAACCAAUCAUCCGAAGGAAAACUUUAUCUCGUAAUCAUGCGAUAUCUAUGCGAACGACGCUAUACAAAUAAAUACAGUGUAAACGGGAUCGUAGAAUAAUAGAGGAUAACAAAUUAUAGAUGAUAUACGUAUGUACAUAGCCCCAUUGCUAGAAGAGACCGGAAGCCAUAAGUGAAGGUUAGAAAUAACUAUCUGGUUAAUACUCGGUGAAAUUGAAACGAAACGAAUUUCGUCGAACGAUAACGAGAUAAAUAAGUAAUUAACAACGUAAUAUCGGUUAUCCGAUAAUUCCUACGAUGCAUAAUAAAUCAUUAUUCGGAUAAACGUAUCGCCAAUUAUUUUAUAGAUUAUUUUCUCUUUUCGUCCCGUUAUUCUCUCUCGCUCUUUGGUUAGGAAAAUUCUCGGUACACGUGUAAUCACGCUGGUUUACGCGGUCGCGCAUCUUUGACAAGGGAAAAAUGAUGCACGAUAAAAAUAUCGCCGCGUGAAACGAGCGAUCGCGCGCGGAAUGGAAUGAUUCGAUAACAAUGACCCCAAAUGGUUGUAAAUCAAACGAAACGCAGGGCAGCGCGCGUUCAACUGGCUGUUUCGAGUGUAUCAUACGGUUUCAGCUUCCUGCAUAAAGGUUUACGUAUUCGCGUAAUACAAUCGGCCAUUGGCCAAGCGUUCGAAAUAGUAAAAUUUAAAACGGUACACGUACAGAUAUCCACACGCAGCAGACAAGAGACUAGUGCACUACUGACCCAGGUUUACAACAAGCUUAUCAAGUUUGAGCAAUAGCAUUCCCAUUUCUGGUUACAUUUCUGUUAAUUCCAUAUUCAAUUCCGGAUAAUAUGCAUACCGUCACUUCGAUUUAUCGGCGCGUUCAUUGAUCAUCGCGUGUCCUCGACGUUCAUUAUUGUUGGUUAGGUUUCGAACAUAACCUGUAAACAUAACGUUUCACCGCGCGCCAUCACGCGAACAUUUUUCGCGUUCGGUUUAUUACCCACUCGUUCGAACGAUGAUAUAUUCGUCCCGCGAAUAUUUUUACGUCACGCAAAACACGUUUUCGUCGCGAUCGUCACGUCGUCGCGAGCUUAUCGCCUAUUCGCUUUUUCGCGUUCGCAAGGUGGUGGUUGCGCGCGUCGCGAAAUUCGCUCAUCUCCUCUCGAGGUCUGAACCAGAUGGCAGUCGAGCGCACAAUCACGUCGCAAUAAAGCAGCCUACGAUAAACUAACGCCGCCGUAUUGACAGAGAGUACUAGAUAUAUCGCUUUUGUCGACGAUAUUACGUCGUUGUGAAUCGCAAUAACAACCACGAGCUUUUGGAUUUUUAUUCGUUUGCCCGUUUGUUUGCAUUCUUGUUCGUUCAUUUGUUUAUUUGUUUGUUUGUUUGUUCGACUGUUCGCUCGCUCGCUCGCUUAUUUGCUUAUCGCGUGCCUCCUCUUUUUAACACGUCCUUUCGAAAUUGAUCGAUCGGUAAAAUCGAAACGCAAGCUCGUGAUCAUCGAUGAAAUUUUUCACUGUCGCUUAUUAUCAAUAAUUUUAUCGAACCUGACGGUUAUUAUUUUAUUCUUAUUCGCGAGAACGAGAUAGUUUCGUGUCACGUCGGGAUUAAACAACGAACUUAACGUUGCUCCUUUCAUUCGGUAGAUCGUAUUUUGGAAUCGUGUUGCGUUUAAAGAAACCAGAUUAAACUGGAACUGUAAGUCGAAGUCGGUCUUCUUUUAUUUGUCGACCAACUUUCUGUUCUUGUUGAUCGAGCUGUUCGAGCUUUAUUAAACCCUUUCUCCUUAGACACACUACUCGAAAGUAAUUGCAAUUUAUACAAUUUUCGUGUUUUUACAAAGGUAAACUAAGAAAUCAGAGGAUUAGAUUUUUCUUUUUAUCGCGUCCUCUUAUUUUUCUUCUUCUCCCUUCCUUUCCUUUCUCUCUUCCGAUCCGAGAAAUUAAGGAAGGAAAUAUGUAACGAUGACAAAUGAAGAUCUCAUUAACCGUCCAAAGAGGAUUUUCCUGUUCAAAUUAAUACGAUAUAAUAUCUUUUUCCAACGCGUAACGUAAUUAAUAUUUUUGCACGAAGAUUAGAUGUCGAAUUUUUGCAAUCGUUCAAACCUCUUAUCGAUUUCUACGAAAACUUUCAAAGGGAAGAUAACUUGUACAACGAUAUUAUUUUUAAAAAAAAGAACGAUUCAUCAGUAAUCGUCGUUCACAAACUUUCGUAAACGAUAUUUUUACAGCAAUUUAUAUUUAUAUAUCGUUAUUAAGAUAUGAAGCACGAAAAUGUAUAAAAAUUUCUCCUCAAAAAUUUCCCCUCUUCAAAAACUUUGAAACGUUAUAUCUCCCAUUACCAGAAGGCUUGUACAGCUCUUUCGUCGAUGAAACAGGUUUUUGCAUAACAAAUUUCAAAUAACAAGUAUCCCGAAGAUUAUAAAUUGUAUCAUAAAUAGCUUUACGUUAUAUAGAUAUCGUUUUGUAGAAUAUUCUUAGUGGCGGUGCAUAACGAAAAUAUAAAUUUAUAGGCGGAAUCGAGUCGAAAAUAAACUCGUGCAAAUAAUUCAAAAAUUAUCACGCGCCAUGACAGGCGAUCUUGCCACGACGUGGAAUUAAAUAAUAGUUUCUUUCAAUCUCGCCAUUUUCUAAUUUUCUGCACAAUCAAUUCUUCCCACUUUUGUUUCAUUCUUCGAUAUCGGCGGAUGAACCUUUCAUUUAUGGAUAUCUCGUGGUUGCAUAAUUCGUGAAAAGUCAAUUCUUUGGUAGAGCAGAAUUUUUGUUUGUUUGGAGGAAAUAGUGGUCUCGUAUUUGCUGUCGGGUGAAACAAGUUUGCAACUCGAUGGAACAGAUUUGUUCAAAACCUUCUCUCGCGAGACGCUGUUGCGCGAUCGAACAGAUAGGGAGAUGAUCUUCUCCCGUUUCUCUCCGCCGGAUAUGGAAUUCUUCUUCUUCUUCCCUUUUUUUUCUUUUUUUUCUCUCUCUCGCAGCCAAAGUUUCGCAGCCGCGAUAAAAUGCCACUUUUCCCAUUCUACGGCAUUCUUUCGUCUCGUGAAUUCAACUUUUGGAACUUCAAGUGCGUGCCAUUCAUCCUUGUAAAACCGUAAAUAGUUUGGAAAAUUACGCAUUCGCCACUGUUUCCUUUUUUUAAAUUAGCGAGAAGCGGAGCGAGAAAUUGAGCCGCGUAAUUUUUCUCCCGUGGUUAAUAAACGUGAUAUGGAGAGAGAAAAAAGAAAGAAAGAAAGAAAGAGAGAAAGAAAAAAAUAGUUGACCGAUGAAAAAUAUUCCCGUUCUAGUAUCGAUAACACCGUCGUUGAUACCGUAAAAAAAUGAUUAAGAUUAUCAUCGUAUAUCGUAUAUCGUUUAACCGGUUUAAUCAUAAAAAUCUUGGAAAAGUAUGAUGCGUGUAAAUAUUAAAGUAUCUUCGAUGUAUAUUUUAAAUUAAAAAAAAAAAAAAAAAAAGAGAAGGGAUAUCGCUCAAGAUAUCGAUCAGAAUAAUCCUUCCAUCCGAAAUACGGGAUAUAUAAACAAAGAUCUCUCCAACGUUUUCCACUUUGCACUUCGAAUAAUGAAAUUUCACAAUUUCGAGCCAAUUAUAUUCUUUCCCGAUCGCGCACAAUUGCGUGAAAAUUACACGCGCACUCCUUCUCGAGCGAAAGAUUUCCGCAUCGAUUUGUUAAACACCGGAUACGCGCGAAUUCGAUUCGCGUAUCGCGACACCGCGUCGCUUUAUCACGUCGACUCGGUAGCUCGAUCGUAUCGCCGCGAACGGGAGCUGUCCAAACAUUCCCGUCACGCUUUUAUCGCGCGACGCUCGAACGUGAAACGCUGUGGCUCCGCCGAUUCCUCGCGCGCGAUCGGUUCAAUAACUUGCGGAUCGCGAUAUCGACGUUUCGAUGUCGGGAAUUCGAGAGGGAAAAAGAGAGGAAGGAGGAAAAAGAAGAGUAAGGAGAGAAAGGAGAAGGUGACGAGGCAAACUUCUUACCGCCGGACUUUAAACACCGCCUCUUACUCGUCGAGUGGAGGGGGGAAGGGUGGGGAUGGCAGAAGCGAGAUGGAGGCACGUGUCGCGAGCUCGACGCGGUUUUGCAACGCGAUGCUACUACUACGAGAUGCUAUCCACUUGUUCGAUAAUGUUGUUUCGUCGAUUAUCUCGAUAUCUCGCGUUAUAUAGUCGUUUAAUCGACGCGGAGGUAGGUCAGAACGCGACGAGGCACCUGUCGAUCACACCUCGCCUCGCGAUAUUUUCGUUUUCGCGCCGGGUCCCGGAUCGCCGCCAUGACGGAGGCCAAGGAGAGAACGUGGAAGGUGCUUUUAUAAUUCCGUUCGUUUUAAUGCUGAUAACCAUGGGAUUACCGAUAUUUUUUUUGGAACUGGCUGUUGGACAGUAUUCCGGGCUCGGCCCUAACGAGGCGUUCAAACGUAUGGCGCCGGCACUCGAGGGCCUCGGUUAUUGCACCCUGAUCGUCAUUCUGCUCGUAAUGGUCUACUACAUGGUGAUCGUUGCCUGGACACUCUUCUACACGUUCCUCUCGUUCCUGCCGAAGCUCAGUUGGGCCUACUGCGACAACGAUUUCAACACGAACCAUUGUUACAGCGGGCUUCAAGAGAUUCAAUGUCAAACGGACGAUCCGGAAACGAUAUUUUACAACAAGAGUUGCAUAUCGGCCAGCCACGUAUGCCGGAGCUUCGAUUUCGACGAUGGGAACAUCACGCAUUGUUUCAAAGCUGACAAAGUGGAACUCCUUCGAAACCUUUACACACGGAUCCUUUCGUCGGAGGAAUAUUUCAACGACUAUGUGCUUGGUAUACGAGGAGCUACGUGGGAACACUUCGGAGGCGUGAGAUGGGAAUUGUUAGGAUGUCUGACCCUCGCUUGGAUAAUCUGCUUCUUGUGUCUGAUGCGCGGCGUUCAAUCCAUUGGAAAAAUCGUCUACUUCACCGCCCUUUUCCCCUACGCCAUGCUCAUAGCGUUGCUGAUACGAGGUGUGACGUUGGAAGGUGCCCUGGACGGCUCUCUUUGGUUCAUCAUGCCAAAAUGGUCCACCUUGCAAUCCACCAAUGUCUGGGCGGAUGCUGCUUCUCAAGUUUUCUAUUCCCUCGGUAUCGGUUGCGGUUCCCUGAUCACGCUCUCGAGCUACAGUAACUUCAACAAUAAUUGUCACAGAGACGCGAUAUUCGUAACUUUCACGAACUUAGCCACGUCGAUUUUCGCCGGUUUCGUCAUCUUCUCGAUCAUGGGAUUCCUCGCCCGUCAAAUGGGGGUUUCGGUCGAGGAAGUGAUACAGAGUGGAGCCGCGCUUGCAUUCAUCGCGUAUCCGGAAGCGGUGGUGCGGAUGCCGUUGCCCAACGUGUGGGCCGUCCUGUUCUUCGUCAUGCUGUUCAUCCUGGGUAUCGGGAGCCAAUUCGCAGGCGUGCAGGCGAUAAACACCGCCAUAUUGGACCUGAGGCCGGAUUUACGAAAGCGGGAGAGCCUGGUUGUGUUUGGUAUAUGCGUCACUUGCUGGUUCCUCGCCAUACCGAUGGUGUUCGACGGUGGUAUUUACCUGUUCACGCUGAUGGACUGGAACACAGCUUCUUGGGCGAUACUAUUGAUCGGGAUUGCCGAGGUCGGCGUGGUAGGCUGGUGUUACGGGUGCAACAAAUUCCUGCGUAACAUAGCCGAGAUGCAAAUGCGGUUCAACCUUUUGCUCCGCAGAUAUUGGUGGCUCAGCUGGGUCGUGCUCGCUCCUGUCACUUGUCUGAGGGACCGAAGCAUGUUUCGGCCAAAGAAGACGUGGGGGCCCGCCGUGGAGAAAAGUAAGGACACCGUGUCCACGGUGUCCGUGAAGGUAUCCGAGCCGCUUGGGAACCACGAGACGCAGGAGAAUACCGCGGUUUAAAUUCCGCGGGGACGGCGACAAUUUUUCGAUCGAUCCGCCCUCCCCCCCUCCACGCCGAUUCUAGUCAUCGGGAUCGGAUGAACGCUCGAGAAAAAAGGAAUACGCUCUCUUCUCUUCUCUCGUCCCUUCUCUUUUCAAAUAAUAUCCUUUGUUAUUAUUCGUGACGAACAAAUGACAUUUCUUUCUUUCUUUUUUUUCGCAUUUAAACGGAGGAGAGGAUCGUGAUGUAAUUAUAUAUAAUCGUUGAAUUAAAAAAUAAAUAAGCGGUAUGUGAAAAAUCGUAUCGUGUCGUGUCGUGGAUCCGAAUGGCGAGCAGCGCGGUUGAGCGCCACUGCGCGUCCCCACCACCGAUAUCUCCCCACUUCGUUCCAACCAACGAUCUCGCGCGUGUAUUAUUUCUCUACUUUGUUUCGCCUGCCUGUUUCUGUUUACCAACAAUUAUGAGAAGUUUUCAAGGAGAAAGAGGAGGACGAGGAAGGAGGGCUAGGCGCGAAACGACUCUCCCUUCUCUCCCUCCCCACCCGGCUUCGUGUUUUUUAGCACGUAAAAAUAUUUUCGUUCUUUUAAAUCGAUGCUCGCUCAAAUGGUUAGCAACGGCUAAUCCAAGUGCAACUACGAUUUCGCCUCGAACUUUAACUUGGUGCUUGCCGAUUAGUAUCGCAUCGACGAGUUUUUUUACGAUUUUCAGCCCGAAAGGAUUCGUUUGCGAUGUUUCCUUCCUUUGCAAUUUGGCGAACGCAUCCCGGUAAACGGGAGAGCGAAAUUUCGAAACUUCUCGAUUAACCUUUCUCGAAUCCAUUUUCGUGGUAAAGAGAUAAAGAGAGAGAAAGAGAUUUCAGGGAUAUAUAUGGAAUAUCUUGAAUAUUUCAGACGGUUUGCGGGAAGGACGAAUGAAAGAAAUAUUUUUUAUACGCGUUGCGUGUUACAGUUUUUAUAGUAGGACUGUGUAAAUAUGUUAAAAAUAAAGAAGGAAGGAAGGAAGGAAGGAAGGAAGUAGCGAGGAAAAUAUAUUUUUCGUGCCGGACCUGUGCUAAUGGACUCAUCGUUAACAAGCAAGGCCUAGGGAUGUCUGGAACAGCGGAGGUUACAUUAGAGAAUAUUGGGUGAGUUGUUUGGGCUUGCUGCGAUGCUUAAAAUUCAAUUAUUGUAAAUAAAGUAAGACGAUGUAAUUUUAAUAAAACGAAGUGAACGAAAGUGCGUUAGUUUUACUCAUUUAUUUCUUAGUAAACUUAUUUUAAAAGUUAUACCUCGGAAAACCUUAUUGAUAAUUGUGUUAACGGAGUUCGAUACAGAUGGAGUAGUCGAAGCAUGGAAAAUUGGUUGGUCGCUGUACGCUUCACGAGCGAGGAUAAUUUCCAAAAUAAUAUACAGAGACAGGUAGAGAGGAUAAGAAAGAGUAAGAACGGAUGUGGAAAGAAAUAUUUUCGAUAUUAUUCGUAAUUGGAAUACAUAUUUACAAGUGCACUCAACCGAUAACCGCGAUCCCCCAUUGUUUUAUUAAUGCGUGAACUCUAUCAAGCGGCAAAAUAAACCCACUAAUACCAACGUUACCCCAGAAACGGGUGAUAUUACGUAUACACCCGCGCGGAUCCAAUUCAUACACGGAAUCAAUCGAUCGAAUAUACCAAAAAAGCAUUUUGCAAUUUUAAAUGAAACGAAGUACUGCUUCUAUACCGAUGAGACUCUUAUCGAUCCACGGUUUAUGAAACCUCUGACAAUAUAUUCAGUGGUGCGCAAAAGUUUCCGGUCAAAUUGAUUUCCCCCCCCCACUUUAUAUUCGAAAAGCAAUAUUUAAAAGAUUCUUAACUAAUAUCGAAUGAAAUACUAUAACGAGUGUUGAGACUAUCGAUUUCUGAUUUAUUAUAACCGUCGUUAAAAGUUUCUCGAAAUAAAGUCUGACGUUUUGAAAAAAAAAAAAGAAAAAAGAACGUGAGUCAGACUUCACGCUUCGAAGCCAGAAGAGGUUAUCGACCGAAUCUAUUUUAGAGCUAACAAUGUUUUUUAAAUUUCUUGCAAUUCCUCGAUACAGAAAUACACGUCGAUCGAAAGUUUCUGAAUAAAAUCGCAUCCUCGAGCGAGGAAAAUAAUCGAAUCCGACGAUUCAUAAUUGAUUCUUCGACCAAUUUAUUACCGUCGAUAAGUAACCACAAAAAAUUAUAUCCACCGAACAAAAAUAUAUUUCAUACGAACAUCACGAACACUAUGAGUAUAACGGGCAAAUAAUAUAACACCGUUAAUCUCGGCGAUAGCGAUGCGCGAUUCAGCAAGUUUAUAUUGCUAAUGAUGCAAUGCAUACCAGAAUCCCACUAUUGAAAAUUACCUCCAAUGAUGUAUCGCUUAUCUAUAUAUCGAGCUCUAACCUAAACUUUAGAGAGAGUAUUAUCGGAUGGGAUGAUUCGUCCUAGCCUGGAAUUCACGAUUUAUCGAUUCCACCUAUAUAUCCGGAGCAAAUCUCUGUCCACGGAAUGGAUUCGCCGAGAAACCUUUUCGCCCAAGGAUUCGAAUUUCCUCCGAAUUAAUCCACGUAACGAAACGACAACUCGUUAGCCGCGUUAUGACGAUGAUCUGGUCGCGCGCAGCGCCGCGCCACGGCGGUGUAAAAGUGGCGACAGUGGCGCCCAUUCGUCCCGUGUUUCCUCCUAAUUAAUGCGAUGGAACAUCUACGGUACAAGGAAUUCCAUGUUCCCCGCGGCGUGGCAAUAUCGUGCGGCCGUCUGGACCGCUUGUACUCCGUCUUAACGCGGAAUGUUGGGGAGGGGGACGGGACGAGGAGUGGACGGAUACGUAUUGCGUACCGCGUUAAUGAGAAUUCGGUUCGAUCGCUGGUCGAUUCGCAACGGCGCCCGCCAUCGCCCUUUUUUUCUCCCCCCUCCCUCACCGCGUCAAAUUGCCUUUCGAUCCCUUGAAUUAUCCGUCCCAUGAAUUUUUAUAAGUUUCUGACGCGUUUCGCCGCCUCUCUACGGACGACUUCGUAUAUAUGCACCGAUAUAUAUUUGGGGUAGAAAUUCCGAAGGAUUCGGCCGGCGUAUAAGAAAUGCGAUAAGAAAUUCUCGUUUCUCCUCUCCGAAUAAGAAAAGAUAUGAAAGCCUAAGAAUAGCCUUAUUCGCCGGGAUGAAUGUCGUGAAAAAUAAUUCUAUCUUAUUGUCGAGGGGGGGGGGGGG